AUCAUCAUCUUAUUCUGUGCUCCCGCUAACCGAUUGGCUCAUUCUCUUCGGCUCUUGUCACUAACGAAUCGCUUUUCACACAGAGUGAUAUAGGAGAAAAACCUCCCCAACAUUGGCUCACACCCGGAUUAUGAUCUUCUGCUGCUCCUGCUGCUCCUUCUGCUGUAGUUGAGACGAAGAAGAAGAAGAAGCUCCAUUCUCGAGAAAUGGCUCGUCCAUUCACACUUAUCGUACUCCUCUCCGCACAUCUGUGUCUACAUGUGGUUGUGACACAGGAUGAGGACUCACAUAUCAACACUCAACUCCUCUCAUCAGUUCUCGAUAGACUCACGAAUCGCACUACUUAUGAUAAAAGAUUACGGCCCAGGUAUGGUGAAAAGCCAGUCGACGUUGGAAUUACGAUACACGUUUCUUCAAUCUCUGCAGUUUCAGAAGUUGAUAUGGACUUCACAUUAGACUUCUACAUGCGUCAAACGUGGCAAGACCCUCGACUAGCCUUCGGAAGUCUUGAUUUGGGACUUUCCAAAGAAAUCGACUCACUUACCGUCGGAGUAGACUACCUGGAUAGACUGUGGAAACCCGACACGUUCUUCCCAAAUGAAAAGAAAUCAUUCUUCCACUUGGCAACCACACAUAACUCGUUCCUUCGUAUCGAGGGUGAUGGAACGGUUUAUACUAGUCAAAGAUUAACAGUCACUGCAACGUGUCCAAUGGACCUGAAGCUGUUCCCAAUGGACUCUCAACACUGUAAACUGGAAAUUGAAAGCUACGGGUACGAGACGAAAGAUAUCGACUACUAUUGGGGGAAGAAGCGGACUGAUUUGGAGAUAACGGCUGUCAAGUUUGAUACCUUCCAGUUGCCGCAGUUUCAGCCAACGCUGUAUUUUGUGAAUACAACUAAAGCCGAGACCUCAUCAGGAAAAUACGUACGCCUGGCGCUGGAAGUAAUAUUGGUUCGAAAUAUGGGCUUCUACACUAUGAACAUCGUCAUCCCAUCCAUCCUGAUCGUCACCAUAUCUUGGGUAUCAUUUUGGUUGAAUCGAGAAGCUUCGCCGGCUCGAGUUGGAUUGGGUGUGACUACUGUGCUCACAAUGACAACUCUGAUCACUACAACCAAUAAUUCGAUGCCAAAAGUGUCUUAUGUCAAGGGUCUGGAUGUGUUUCUUAAUUUUUGUUUCGUAAUGGUAUUCGCCUCGUUGCUCGAGUACGCCAUAGUAUCCUACAUGAAUAAACGACUGGUCCUCCGACGGGAAAAACGAAGAAAAGCCGCCGAACAACAGCAGCGAAACGAGAUGCCAAUGUUCAACGCGAGCCCGAAGGCCGCCAAUAAUAAUGCUGACUUGUACUUUGCCGGACACAAUUCCUCUAUGAAUCCAUUGAUGGAGAUCCCAGAAAAUUGUGAUUGCCGGACGAUUCCAAUGAUGCAACAUCCACGUCUUGUCACAGACGGCGCACAUACGCUAUGGCCGGCUCCAUUCGCGCGGCCGAAAAAGGCUUCCAAGACAUGCUGCCAACGAUGGACGCCUGCAAAAAUCGAUAAGCUUAGCCGAUACGGUUUCCCAUUGUCUUUCUCUAUCUUCAAUAUAGUCUACUGGUUGUAUAUGAAAUAUCUAAGCUUAAACUCGUCGGACAAGAUCCAGGAGAACGACAAGUGGCAGCAGAUCCACUGAUGCGUAUUCGACGGCCGAAAUCGAGUACAAAUGGUGUACGUCGAAGGAGCCGAAUUGUUCGACAGCGGUCAAGGCCGACGCGAACAUCGAACUGUCGAGUUAUAAAUUCACUAAAAUCUGCCAAAAACGGACACUUGCCAGCACUUCAUCGGGGACCUACUCUCGUCUACGGGUUAGUUUCAUAUUUGAUCGCGACAGCGGCUUCUACUUUCUUCAAAUAUUUUUCCCUGCCAGCCUCGUCGUAGUUUUAUCAUGGAUCUCAUUCUGGAUCAAUCGUGACUCGGCGCCUUCGCGAACCCUAAUCGGUACGAUGACGGUGCUCACUGAGACUCAUCUUAUGACCGGAACCAAUCGACGUCUUCCACCAGUUGCCUAUGUAAAAGCCGUUGAUGUAUUCCUCGGUUUCUGCUAUCUUCUGGUUAUACUGGCGUUGAUCGAGUACGCCUGUGUUGCCUACUCAAAAAAGAAGAACGAGGAUCGUCGGAGAAGAGAGAAGAAGACGGAGCAUAAACCUGCUCCGCCGACACCUGAUAUUCUUCACGACGUCCGCCUUGCCGAAUGCACAUGCAACGCGGCUCCAACCUCGAUCAUCGCCGUCAUCAAGCAGUCGAAUCGAUUCUGUGUCAGUCACAGUCACAUUGACAUCGUCAGCCGUGCCGCGUUUCCUCUUGUUUUCAUCUUGUUCAACACUCUCUUCUGGCUGAUUCUACUGUACAAAUCCAAGCGUCUGCCGUAUAUUAGUGAACACGAGGGUGACCGUUGCGAUGCUCCAGACCUUCAUUAAUCUCAAUCCAACUUCCUCAUCAUUUUCCAUUUCGAAUAUCUCUUUUUCUUGCACAGAAGCCUUUUUUCGUUUUUUUUUAUUGAUUUAUUUUUACGGAUUUUUAGAUAAUGCACAGAUGCCUCAUUGCUCAAAUAAAUUUAUUUUAAUUGUCG